AGAUGACUAACUCAUUUAAAUAUUAUUGAUGGCCCCACUUGUCAUAUCCCUCUCUCACUAUAUAUAAUCCCAUCUCUAUAUUCAAGGAAUCGCAACACAAAACAAAACGAUCUAAUUUUUGCAAAAUUGGAAAAAACAUGGCUAAACUAGCAAUCGCCCUAAUUUUGAUAAUAUCGUAUUUAUCAGUGUGCACACUAGCUGUGUCCGAUAAUAGCAAACUUUUCCUUCGCGACGGCGCAGAGGAACAAGAAACAUUCCUCCGCGACGUCUGCGGAGGAAAAGAAAAGGUGAUGAAACUCCAUUUCUACGUCCAGGAUCUGCGGAUCGGCCACGUCAAUGCCACGGUGUUCGAGGUGGCGAAGGCCUCCAUCACCCCGACCCACCCGACGGCCUUCGGCAGCGUUCACGUCCUCGACGACCUAAUCACGGAGGGCCCGAAGUUCGGCUCGAGGGCGCUCGGCCGGACCCAAGGGCUUACCACCAACGCCGACCUUGCGACGUUCGGCAUUGCGAUGAACCUCAACUUCUACUUCACGGUGGGGCGGUUCGCCGGCAGCACGCUCAGCAUCCUCGGCCGGAACCAAGUCAUGGACGCGCAGCGGGAGCUGCCGGUGGUCGGCGGCACCGGCGUCUUCCGAUUCGCCCGCGGGUACGCGAUCCAAAGCACCUACUCGAUCGAUUUUCCGACGAGCUACGCCGUGUUGGAAUACACCAUCUACACCACCUACAACUCUAGGCUCAACGAGAUUGAUGAUGAAAUUGAGAUUGCUCAAAUGUGAGGGGUUAAUUAAAUAAGCUUUAUAUUUCUGUGGUUUUGUAAUGGGGAACUGAUGCAGUCGCAAAUUUUUAAUUGUGUUUCCAUAGUUUCUAGUAAAGAGUCGAUGUAUCAAAAAUAUCCAUUGUAUUAUUGUUAAGACAAAAUAUUAUCAUUAGAAAUAAAAAGUAUUACAAAUAA